AUGUAUAGGCAAGUUCUUGUUGCUCCAGCCCAUAGAGAAUACCAGCGGAUAUUAUGGCGGUCUAACUCAGACCAACACGUAUCUGAAUAUAGAUUAAACACCGUAACUUAUGGUGUUUCUUCGGCUCCCUAUCUCGCUUGUCGUACUAUUCAGCAGCUCGCGAGAGAUGAAGGGGAUUCGUUUCCUCUAGCAAAAGAAACCGUCACAUGCGAUAUUUAUGUUGAUGAUAUUGUUACUGGUACCAAUACUAUGUUCCAAGCUCGCGAGUUGAAGUCGCAGGUUAUCGCUUUGCUCAAAUCUGGCAAUUUCGAAUUAAGAAAAUGGGCUAGUAACAAACCAGAAUUGCUGGAAGAAAUUCCACCAGAGCAUUGUCUUGUAGAAGCUAAAUCUUUUAUCGAUGCACAAUCUUGCACACUCAAGGUUCUCGGUCUUAAAUGGGAUCCACUGCGUGAUUCGUUUGUCUUUCACGUGCAACCUCUUAACAAAGUUUGUACCAAGCGAUCCAUAUUGAGUGAGGUUAGUCGCAUCUUCGACCCGUUGGGAUUUCUUUCUCCAGUGACUAUUCACAUCAAAAUCUUAAUCCAACAACUUUGGGUAGCUGGCGUAGCAUGGGACGAAACACCACCUGACAAUAUUGUUCGUAUGUGGACAAAUUAUGUACAACAGUUACCAUCCAUUCAAAAUUUAAUCGUACCCCGUCGUUGUACUGUUGAUCACGCAAUAUCGUAUGAGCUUCACGGGUUUUGCGAUAGCUCGGAGAAGGCCUAUGGCGCUGUCAUUUAUUUACGUGUUACAGUCAAUAGUGAUCGUAUACAUACUUAUUUUGUAUGUUCCAAAGCUCGCGUCGCUCCUUUGAAAAAACUAAGCUUACCACGUCUGGAAUUAUGUGCAGCAAUGCUAUUAGUAGACUUAUUAAAGUUCGUAAAGGAGACAUACAUGCCGCGUAUCAAUUUCUCUAUUACUCUUUGGAGUGACUCGACUGUUGUACUGUCAUGGCUCCGAGCACAUUCAUCAAAGUGGACUACAUUUGUUGCGAACAGAGUUAGCCACAUACAAAGUAUAGCGCCUAUUGAUCAAUGGCGACACGUUUCCACACAUGACAACCCCGCAGAUAUUUGCUCACGAGGCCAGUUUCCUCAACAACUUGUUGAUAAUACUUUAUGGUGGGCGGGCCCCACAUGGUUACGUAAACCACACACCGAGUGGCCAUCAUCUUCUUCAUCUAUCACUGACAUUGAUGAUAACAUAAUAUCUUCGGAGAUAAGGCGAAACACCACGUUAUUAAUUCAACAAACCGCAUCGAUUAAUCCAAAUCUCGAUCCUUUUUUAGAGGAAUUACUCAAUAGCGAUCUAUCAUUAGAUGCUAUUAUUGAUAAAAUUGCCUAUGCAGUCAUUCGAAAAUCUGAUACUACAGAUUCAGUGUUAUCAAGCGAUGAGCGACACCAAUCACUUCUUAUGCUCGUAAAAUAUAUUCAAUCCUUGUCGUUUUCUAUCGAAAUUGAGAAAAUUCGUUCUAGACAAUCGUUGUCUAAAUCGUAUCGUAAGCUCAAUCUAUUCAUUGAUAACCAGGAGGUGCUCAGGGUGGGCGGUAGGAUUUCUCGCUCUGGACUCGAAUACGAACAGGUACAUCCAGCAUUGUUACCAUCUAAUAAUUUGUUUACAUCAAAAUUAAUUCAAUCGGUUCAUUUGAACAAUUGUCAUUGUGGUAUAAAUACUACACAAUACUUAAUAUUACAACAAUUUUGGAUAAUAUCGGCUAAACGGGUCAUUCGACGCUGUUUAUCGCAAUGCUUUAAUUGUUUUCGACUUCAACCUAAACCGUUACAACCUUUCAUGAGUGACCUUCCUAAAUAUCGCGUAAAUCAAGUAAAACCUUUUUCUGUGGUAGGAAUUGACUACGCUGGCCCUUUUCGCAUUAAAACCGGACCAUAUCGUGGAGCUAAAAUAGACAAGGCCUAUCUUUGUUUAUUUAUCUGUUUGGCUACGAAGGCUGUUCAUUUGGAAACAGUAUCCACUCUUUCUACCGAUGGAUUCAUUGCCGCCUUACGCCGUUUUGUUGCUCGGAGAGGCAGGUGUUCGACAAUACAUGCGGAUUGUGGAACAAACUUUAUCGGUGCUCGCAAUCAACUAGUGUCUCUCACCGAAACUGCAUCUAAAAGUGAGCGAAUUGAUUUUAAAUUUAAUCCACCCUCUGCACCGCAUUUCGGAGGUGUCUGGGAGAUCCAAGUGAGAGUGGCAAAAACACUUUUAUAUCGGGUUGUAGGUGACCAAGUAUUGACGUUCGAAGAGCUCACCACUCUUUUUACUCAAAUCGAAGCGGUCAUGAAUUCGCGUCCCUUGUAUCCAAUGAGUUCAGACCCAAACGACUUCCAGGUUUUAACGCCAGGGCAUUUUUUAACUCUCGAACCAUUGACGUCCGUUCCGGAUACGGAUUCAACUCACGUUAAUAUCAAUAGACUAGAUCGUUGGCAGUUAAUUCAGACAUUUCAACGUUCUUUCUGGAAUAGGUGGAGGAAUGAAUAUUUACAUACAUUAACCUUACGAGCCAAAUGGACGAAAGAUUCCAAACCAUUAGAACUUAACUCAAUGGUCAUUAUCAAGGAUGAUAAUCAUCCACCUCUGCACUGGCAAAUAGGAAGAGUUGUAGAAUUACAUCCUGGACCAGAUGGUCAGGUUCGUGUAGCCACUAUAAAAACGGACAAGAACAAUUUGAUCAAGAGACCUCUAGUAAAGCUAUGUCCUUUACCAAAUGAACCAUUCUAG